UUGAAAAUUUCUUUUCUUUUUUCUUUUUCGUUUUUUCCAAGGUUUUUCCAAGUUGUGUGUAGAUUUGUUGUAAGUUUUUGAUGCAAAAUUGUUUCAUUCGAAUAUUAAACUUUAUGGCUUUGCUGUGAUAUUCAUUUGAUUUGUUUUCUUUUCAGAAAAUGAGUAAUCCAUCAAACCAAUCCACUCCACCUCCAAAAGCAGGAGAAGCAAUGGAAGUCGAAGAAGCUCUUGAUGAAGAAAUCCUCAGAAUGUCAACAGAAGAUCUCAAAUCUCGAACACAUUUACUUGACAACGAAAUUCGUAUCAUGCGUUCCGAAGUUCAACGCAUCAAUCAUUCUGCUCAAACUCUCAAAGAACGCGUAAAAGAAAACACCGAAAGAAUCAAAGUCAACAAAACGUUGCCAUAUUUGGUAUCAAACGUUGUUGAAUUAUUGGAUUUGGAAGAUAACCAAGAAGAAGAAGGAGCUAAUGUAGAUUUGGAUGCACAGAAAACCAAGUGCGCUGUCAUCAAAACUUCAACUCGUGCAACAUACUUCUUGCCGGUUGUUGGACUGGUUGACCCAGAUGAAUUGAAACCAGGAGAUCUUGUUGGUGUCAACAAAGAUUCUUAUUUGAUUCUCGAAAAAUUGCCAGCCGAAUACGAUUCUCGUGUCAAAGCUAUGGAAGUUGAUGAAAGACCGACUGAACAAUACGCUGAUAUCGGAGGAUGUGAUAAACAAAUUCAAGUAAGUUUUGAAGCAGCUAAAAAAUUCUUGAAAAUAAAUAUAAAAAUUACAUUUUAGGAACUUAUCGAAGCUGUUGUUCUUCCAAUGACACAUAAAGAUCGUUUCGUUAAUCUUGGAAUUCAUCCACCAAAGGGAGUUCUUAUGUACGGUCCACCAGGAACUGGUAAAACUAUGAUGGCUCGAGCAGUUGCUGCUCAAACCAAAUCCACUUUUUUGAAACUUGCUGGUCCACAACUCGUUCAAAUGUUCAUCGGAGAUGGCGCUAAAUUAGUUCGUGAUGCUUUCGCGUUGGCAAAAGAAAAAGCACCAGCUAUUAUUUUCAUCGACGAACUUGAUGCUAUUGGUACAAAACGUUUCGAUUCGGAAAAAGCUGGAGAUCGUGAAGUGCAAAGAACUAUGUUGGAAUUAUUGAAUCAACUUGAUGGUUUCCAACCAAAUGAUGAUAUCAAAGUUAUUGCCGCUACUAACAGAAUCGAUGUUUUAGAUCCAGCAUUGUUACGUUCAGGACGUUUGGACAGAAAAAUUGAAUUGCCACAUCCAAAUGAAGAUGCUCGCGCAAGAAUUAUGCAAAUUCAUUCGAGAAAAAUGAAUGUUAAGUAAGUUCAUCAUUCCAAUUUUUCAAAACUGAUUUUUCUCUUCAUUUCAGCAAAGAUGUGAACUUUGAAGAAUUGGCCAGAUGUACUGAUGAUUUCAAUGGUGCUCAAUGCAAAGCUGUUUGCGUUGAAGCGGGUAUGAUUGCUUUGAGACGUGAUGCCACUGAAAUUCUUCACGAAGACUUUAUGGAUGCGAUUUUGGAAGUUCAAGCUAAAAAGAAGGCGUCACUCAACUACUAUGCCUAA